ACGCGCCUCUCUUAAUUGAAUUUGUCCCAGGGUGAAACAGUUUCGAUCUACCUCUCUUCCACUUGUCCCUUUCUUUUGGAGGCAAAUAUUCAUCGGCCCUUUGAAUAAACAGGCAUUUUUUGUUGUUUAUAUAUGUUUGGAUCUGCUCAUUGCCCCUCCCCUCCCGUCCCCGAAACAGCAUAUAACGCCUCUGAAACUGGAGGUUUAUCCUAUCAGGGCCCCCAACUCUUUUCAUGCCUCUAUAUAACUGAUUAACUUGAGUUUGGAUGAGCCGUGCCCGAGUCGUAAUUACAGCUUUUCAUGAUUAUUCUCACUUUUGGGAUGUACUGUACCAUGCCUAUGCCUCGUUAAACUGCACUACGACAGAGUGACCGCGCCCGCGUGCAUAAUCUCCAACCCCCAAUCCUAGCACGAUGUCCUCCUCCCAAUCCUCCUCGCAACUCAAACGCAAACAACAAUCUAUAUCUAGCUUCUUUGCCAAGAAACCCGUACCCGUGAAUGGUUCUACGAAUGCUACUCCGAAGAAUGGAGCCGGGAAGAAGCUUGGAGAGGCUCGGGUUCGGCAAACGCCGGACAGCGAGGUAAAUGAGGUGGUGAAUGGGGGCUAUGGGGCUGGAGGGAUGGAAAAAGAGGAAGAGGAGGAUGAUGAGAUUAUUGUUCCAUCUAGGAAACGUAUUAGGAGUAACGGGGAUGUUUCGACCGUGCACAGGGGGGCACCAGCAGAUGCGGAUCAGCGACGUGACGUUAAAGAGACAGAUACUGGUAUGGACAUGGGAGUCGUAGAUGAGUUCGAUUCUGAUGGGGUUAUGAAGCUGCCGACGGCGAAGAAGGAAAAGAACACUGGAUCCGCGCGGACGGAACGAUUUCGGUUCAAUAGCUCCGCUACACCUACGUCGAGUGAUCAGAGGGCCGAUGGGAAUGGUGGCGAUGCAUCUGAGGACGACGAGAGGGAAAGAAAGAGAAAACAAGCUCUGCAUCAGAAGUUCGUGAAGAGGUUGGGCGGGCCGGAUUGUCUUCCGCCUUUAACGAGUGGAUUCGGCGCGGGCGAUGCGGACGAUCUGGAGGGUGCCGAGAGUGAUGCUGAGGCUGAGGAGGACGUUGCGCCGGCUCCGCAGAAGGUGAGAGGAGCAGGAAAAAGGACUACGACGGGGAAAUUGACGCCGAUGGAAAGGCAGAUCAUUGACAUUAAGAAGAACCAUAUGGAUACCGUGCUUGUUGUGGAGGUUGGCUAUAAAUUCCGCUUUUUUGGUGAGGACGCGCGUAUUGCAGCGAAGGAGUUAAGUAUUGUGUGCAUCCCUGGGAAACUCAGAUUUGAUGAACACCCAUCCGAAGCUCAUCUGUCCCGCUUUGCCUCUGCUAGUAUUCCCGUGCAUAGAUUGCAUGUUCAUGUGAAGCGGUUGGUCGCAGCGGGCUAUAAAGUCGGCGUAGUUAGGCAGCUUGAGACUGCUGCAUUGAAAGCUGCCGGUGACAAUAGAAACGCUCCUUUUGUUCGUAAGCUUACGAACCUAUACACGAAGGGAACCUACAUCGACGAUGUCGAGGGACUUGAGGGACCCAGUGUCAGCUCAGGCAGCGCGUCUACUUCCACAGGCUAUUUGCUUUGUAUGACCGAAAGCAACGCCAAGGGUUGUGGUAAUGACGAGAAGGUCCAUGUCGGAAUUGUGGCUGUCCAGCCAGCCACUGGAGAUGUUAUUUAUGACGAUUUUGAGGAUGGGUUUAUGAGAAGUGAAAUUGAAACGAGGCUGCUCCACAUUGCCCCGUGUGAAUUUCUGAUUGUGGGCGAGAUGUCGAAAGCUACGGAGAAGCUUGUGCAACAUCUCUCGGGGAGCAAAACAAAUGUUUUUGGCGAUAAGGUGCGGGUUGAACGGGUUUCGAAGUCGAAAAUUGCUGCGGCAGAAUCACACAGCCACGUAUCUAGUUUCUAUGCGGGCCGGAUGAAAGCAAAGGGCGCCGUAGGGGAUGCUGCAGCAAACAAUCUGCUGGAAAAGGUUCUGAAACUGCCGGAGGAUGUCACCAUAUGUCUUUCCUCCAUGAUCAAGCACAUGUCUGAAUACGGGCUGGAAUAUAUAUUUGACCUCACCAAGUACUUCCAGCCGUUUUCGGCGCGAUCCCACAUGCUGCUGAACGGCAAUACCCUAACCAACUUGGAAAUAUAUCAAAAUCAAACAGAGCAUACGUCGAAGGGAAGCCUCUUCUGGACCCUCGAUCGCACCAAAACACGAUUUGGACAACGUCUACUACGGAAGUGGGUUGGAAGGCCUUUGCUUGAUAAAAGUGAACUGGAAGAGCGGGUUGCUGCCGUUGAGGAAUUGCAAGACCCCAGCAAGACAGUGCAGAUUGAGAGGUUGAAAGGCCUCUUGUCAAAGAUAAAGGCGGAUCUAGAGAAAAGUUUGAUACGGAUAUACUAUGGAAGGUGCACGCGACCCGAGCUCCUGACAGUCUUGCAAACCCUGCAGUUGAUUGCAGACGAGUAUGUCCAUCUCAAGUCUCCAGAGGAUUUAGGUUUUUCGUCUCCAACGAUCAACAGAGCCAUUGCAGCUCUGCCGGCUAUACGCAAAGAUGUUGUUACAUACCUUAACAAGAUAAACGCGCAGGCCGCCAAAAAGGAUGACAAAUAUUGCUUUUUCCGAGAGGCAGAGGAGACAGAUGAAAUUACGGAAUCCAAUCUUGGGAUCGCUGAUGUGCAGCAUAGGCUCAAGGAACACUGUGCGGUUGCAGCAGAGAUCUUAGGAAAGAAAAAAGUGCAGUACACGACUGUGGCAGGGAUUGAAUACCUCAUCGAGGUAGAGAAUAGUCCUUAUAACCUUAAAAAGGUACCGGCCUCAUGGCGGAAGAUCAGUGGCACAAAGAAAGUCUCCCGCUUCCACACGCCUGAAGUGGUCCAGUACAUGCGCGAACGCGACCAGUACAAGGAGGCCCUGGCUGCCGCCUGCGACAAGGCAUUCCAUGCGCUACUUGCUGACAUCUCAACGAAAUACCAAUCAUUCCGUGAUUGUAUCGUAGCCCUCGCAACGCUGGACUGUCUGCUCUCACUAGCCAACAUCGCCAGCCAGCCUGGUUACGUCAAACCAACUUAUACAGAUGAAACCCGCAUCAGUGUCCAACGCGGCCGCCACCCUAUGGUCGAGCAGCUUCUGCUGGACAGUUACGUGCCAAACGAUAUAGAGCUGCAUACCAACAAGACCCGUGCCCUUUUAGUAACGGGUCCCAACAUGGGCGGAAAAUCCAGCUACGUGCGCCAGGUAGCUUUGAUCUGCAUCAUGGGCCAGAUUGGCUCGUACGUGCCCGCUGAGUCCGCGACGCUCGGUAUGCUCGACGCCGUCUACACGCGCAUGGGCGCCUUCGACAACAUGCUCGCGGGCGAGUCGACAUUUAUGGUCGAACUAUCUGAAACGGCCGACAUCCUCAAACAAGCCACACCGCGUUCGCUUGUUAUCCUCGACGAGCUGGGCCGCGGCACGUCGACGCACGACGGCGUGGCCAUCGCCCAGGCCGUGCUCGAUUACAUGGUGCGAAACCUGCGGAGUCUCACGUUGUUUAUCACGCAUUAUCAGAACCUGAGUAGUCUGGCGCGAGAGUUUCCCAAGGGUGAGCUACGUAAUGUGCAUAUGAAAUUCACUGAGUCUGGGAUGGAUGGGCGGGAUAUUACCUUCCUGUAUGAGGUUGGGGAGGGAGUGGCGCACCGCUCUUACGGCCUGAAUGUGGCCCGGUUAGCUCAUGUACCAACUUCGGUGCUGGAUGUAGCAAGGACAAAGUCUGCGGAGUUGGAGGAGAAGAUUCGGAAGAAGAAGUUGCUAGCGUUAGCCAAAGUGGUUAAGGGGGCUAUAGAUACUGAUGGUGCCGCUAGGGAGGUUGAUGCUGCGCUUUUAGAGGGAGUAUUCGUUGGACUGGAGCAGUUGUAAUUGUGAACCCUUUGUAUCUCUGUACAGCAUCGUAUAAUAAUAUUAGGCGGGAAGUAGCUUUGUUGUUCUUCAUUCAUUCCCUCUCGUUGACUUCAAAACUGAGUAUUGCGUAUGGAUCAUACUCCCUACGCACUUCUCCUGGUGGCUGCGAUUUGAAUUACGAAGUAAUUUCGCGGUCUACAACCCUGCUCUGGAAGAUAUAUCCUGGGCUCAGCAAAUCAAUUGAAGGAUCCUUGGGCCUGAUUAUGAAAGGCAAAUUUCAAAAAGAAACCUAAGAUAUAUUAGAGUCAAUUCACAUUAUCUAUUUUGCAGAAGCGUGAGUCGCCCCAACCUGACAAUGCCAUAGAAAAAACGAUUACAGCAUAAGAUGACGAUUGGAUGCUGGUUGCCGCAUUAUUCGCUUUCCCGGGGCAGAUCCUCCCUUCUUUUUUUAUCCCUUCCCAGCGGAUUGAUUCAUCCUUCAUUCCGAAUAAUCGCCGCUAUCGUUCCAAAAAAAAGGGAGGGGAGAACAAGCCUCGAGAUUGCAUAUAAAUACGGUGACCAUCAUCCCGCAGAACGCCAAGCCACCACUUCCAUUCUCUCCUCUCCUCUCCUUCCUCCUACUAUGCACUUCCGCCACACUCCCCAUCACAGUUCGUUCGUCACUCGUUAAGGGUGAAGAAUAAGUUUCAAAAAGAAAACAUCGGUCGGAAUCAAGAGGUUUAAAGAGGACAGCGGGUGAAAACGGGAAUAACGAAACGGUCGAACCACCACCACACCCUCCCCCAUAUUACAGCAACGAUUUUUAUAUUUAUAUUUUUGGAUUGAAAAAAAGCUGCUUUUAUCUCAGUCUGCGGGCUUCUCUCUCAGACUCGAGUAGGCAGAGGAUAUCAUCGACCUUGACUAUUAAUUUUUGACAAGAGUGAAUGUUAGUUUACCAUUACCAUCCAAUUCUUUGCUUUCGUCGGGGCAUGGGGGUUCUUUCGUACCUGGGCCCUUGACGUUUCGGAUGAUGGAUCGGGAUGUGUCGUCCAUGAACUCGACGCGGACCUGAGUGACACCACCUCGCGAACCUAGAAUUCGAGAAAUAGCCACGUUGUCAGAUAAAUUUUCCUUUGGCCUAGUUGGAAUUUUUCCUGCUUCAUUUGCUCUUUAUCCGCAUAUUUUCCACCAAUCUUCAACUUUCUCCAAUUUUGAUGUCUCCCAUUCACAUUCCGGUCCCAAUCACAAUAUCCCAGGAAAAAUCAAAAGAUCGCUGCCAUAUAUGCGGGAGAGAAAUUUUCGGCUGUUUCAAAAACCAAAAGAAAGCCAUGAUAACAUACCGGUGCGGCCGAGAACGCGGGUCACCUUAGCGAACUUGAUGGGGACUUUUCCGGUAGCAUCCAUGAUGGGCGGUGAGAUAUGCGUGCGAGUAACUGCUGCUGCUUGAGGGUAGACGACGGUGGGGAGGUAGUCCAGCGGCAGGGGAGAGAGGGGAGGAUGCGAAAAGUGUCUGUUCGUGGUUUGAGAUAGGCGGGAAGUGAUUUUGGUUGUGUGGGAAGCAGUUUUUGCCGAGGCGAAGGGAAUCCCGCCAAUACGGAAGGUUUACACGGGAUGCUAGGGGCUAGACUAAAGGCGGACUAGUGCCAUAUAAGCCCUAAUUGCUGUUUUUGGAAUCGCAGCCAACGCUCAGAGACAUCAUAGAUAAUUGGAUGUGAAGUAGUUACUCCAUGUAUAAUAAUAUAAUAUGAAUAGACAGAGUCACAUA